AUGUCUGAGAAUGAAAGACUAAUCUCUAUAUUAGCUCACCAUUUCUUCUCCACCGGUGAAGGCUACGCCAAGAUCCUCCUCAUUCACCUCUUCCUGCCUCUUCUUUGGAUUGAACGAACUGUGGCCGAGAACUCUUCUUCGGUAGAAUUGUCACAAGUCUGCGUUUACUGUUGCCGAGAUUGUCCAUUAAGGCCAUGCUUCCAAACAGCCAAACUCUUCCCCAGACGCCACAUUCCAACGAGAAACGAACUGCGGGAUGAGAUGCGGGGAAAUACGGGUUUACCCCUCAAGAACGAUGUGUUGUGGUUACAUGGAUUCUCGGCUCCGAGUGUUGGUGAGGUAUUGAAGACACCAUGGAAAACUUCAGCCUUCUGCCAGUCUAAAGCAGAGUUCAUUACUUUGGAUCCGAGUUAUUUUCUCCUCGCGGCGAAGUUGGGUAAAUGUACUUCGAGAUCGUUAAAUGCUACUACGCCUUAUCACUUCACUAACAUUGGGAAGAAGUCAACUUCUCAGAAAGAAGUUUAG